UUCCGGUCUCUCUGGCCUCGGCGGCAGAAGCAAGAUGACGAAGGGAACGUCGUCCUUUGGGAAGCGUCGCAAUAAGACGCACACGCUGUGCCGCCGCUGUGGCUCUAAGGCCUACCACCUUCAGAAGUCGACUUGUGGCAAAGGUGGCUACCCUGCCAAGCGCAAGAGAAAGUAUAACUGGAGUGCCACGGCUAAGAGGCGAAACACUACCGGGACUGGUCGAAUGAGGCACCUAAAAAUUGUCUAUCACAGAUUCAGGCAUGGAUUCCGUGAAGGAACGACACCUAAACCCAAGAGGGCAGUUGUUGCAGCAUCUAGUUCAUCUUGAGGAUUUCAAUCAGUCAUAAAAUAAAUGCUCUGGUUUCAAAGACAAAAAAAAAAAAAAAAAAAAAUCC